GUAAUACAUUUGUGUGUUUACUGAUGUCACUUCCACGUUGUCACUUCACACUGAUGGAGUUGAUUUGUUGACAUGGCGGAUAAAUCUGGACUUGAAGGGAACAUCGAAAUUCCACUCAUUGAACCAACAUCACAGAGUUUAAAGCAACGCAUGAUGUCUAUGUCUCUGUCCAACGCCACAGUCCGGGAAUGGUUCUCCAAGACAAGGGAGGGUGUCAAACCAUGGGGGGAGUUCCUCAACACCUCAAAGUUCCGGCUGCCAAAAACAGUUGCACCAGUUCCCAAGAGAGUCAUGAAGAACAUCGAGAGCUACCAAGGCAACUAUCUCUUCGUCUUCAUGGGCCUCGUCAUCUUUUGUGUGUUGACGUCUCCCAUGCUGUUGGUGGCUCUGGCUGCCUGUCUCGGGGCCUGCUAUAUCAUCAGUCUUAAAAAUGCUACACAGAAACUGGCCAUACUUGGUCGGGAGGUGACAGUAGCCCAGCAGUAUGCAUGCGUGGGGGUGCUCUCCUUCCCCCUCUUCUGGCUGGCUGGGGCAGGGUCUGCAGUCUUCUGGGUCAUAGGUGCUUCCUUCUUUGUGAUCAUGCUGCAUGCCACCUUGCAUGUGACAGCUGAAGAGGCUGAGGCCUUCGACAUCGACAUGGACGAGGUUCAAGUUGUCUGAGUUGUCUCCCUUGCACUAACUCGGUGUUUUACACUGGUUUCGAUAGCAACAUGAGGGGAAUCUCCAGAAUCUUUAACAGCUGAGCAUCAACGACACUAACACAGUUCAUGUUAUGACGCUUCCAGGAACAUUUUUCUUCUCAACCUGUGUCAAAACUUUCUCUAUGCAGCCAGAAGACAAUAGGUCACGGAAGUGACAAUCAGAAUCACAAUGUGUUGUCUUUUGCACCUCAUCCAGCUCAUCCUUUAUCCUGGAUGUGUCGGCUCUUGAUGCUCAUCUUCAUCAGCAUUGUUUUGUCAAAUGGAUCAGCCAGGAAUCAGGAGCAUGUUCAAUUGUGUUGGGCCACGUUCCAUUUAAGACAGAUAGUGGAUCUGUGUAGGAGUAGUCUCGAAAGUAAAAUCUUGAUCCCUGUUCAUGACCUCUUUAUUUUUCAGUUUUCGAAUAGUGACCUACUUUGUUUACACAUUUGUUCUGUUUAAUCAGCAUUAUUUUGUCAAUUGGUUUGUAUUAGGAAAAAGAUCUACUUGUUAAAAAGUAUUUGGCUAUGUUUUAUUAAGACAGAUAGUGAAUCUGUGGUUAAGUGUAAAUUUGAUAACAAGAAGUCAGUGCCAGACAAUGCCCAGCCUCAAUGAUCUGCUGAAGCUGAUUUCAUCAAUGAAAAUUUAUAAUGGGUGAAAAUUACCUGAAGUAUUGGUUUCCAUGAUUUUAGACAGUGCAAGUAUUAUUAAUUCUAUCAUUCAAAUCUGUACAUAUCCUGGGUACUUUUUAUUGUCCAACUUCAAAAAACAGACUUAGCACUAGGGACUACCCUUAGCCUAGGUUCUAAUAUGGGAGUUACAGUCCACUUGGUGCUGAGAUUGCUUUGGGGAGUAGGACCCUGUAUGUCAAUCACUGCUGCAGGUGCGUAUUGCAUGAAAUGUACGUCACUCUAAGGCAUUAUGUAUCUGGAGGGUAUUGUAUAUAGCAGAGUGGGGUGUCACAAUAGGACUGCUGUAGGAGUUUAGUGAUGUGGGUAGGUGGUUAGUGGACGAUAUAGACAAGUUUUGGGUGCACUUACUAGGCAAUAUUAUCUGUUGGAUGAAAAUAUUUGUAGCGAAUUAUCUGAUAGGUUAGACAAAGACUUUUCAGUUUUACUUAUUCAGAGCCAGAAGAACAAAAGAAAACAAAAUUUAAGAAAAAAAUUUUUUUUAAAUUUGGAUAGCAUUUUGUCACCAAAUGCAGUCUAUUUUCAAUUUUUGUAAUUCAAUUAUUUGGAUUUUCUUUAUACUUUUGAUAGCAUAAAAUCUGGAGUCAUCAAUAAAACAUGAAGGAAUUGUUUUGUUUUUACAGUAGACAGUGAACGCUUAGUGGUAUCAUGGCUGAACACAUCACAACUUCAUCAUUAGGUGGGAUGGAAUGUCACAACUGCUGACGAAUUUCGUAAAAAAAACUUGAUAUACAUAGUUUUCAUGUCAUUGUGCUAAUGUAUGAUGGUCUCUGUUAAAUUUGUUCAGCAACACUUCCCCAAAGUCUUUGUUGAAUGAAAAUUUAAUUGAAAAAACAUGUGAUUCUGAAAAAAAGCACUUGUCUGGUUAUAUCAAUAUUUUGGUAUGAUUCUUUUUGGAGCAUGACAUGGCUUAUGAUAUUACUGUUACACUAUUUUAUUGAAUGGUUUCGUCCAUCACAUGUGGUAAAGAAUUGGGAACUAUGGACCUUGUGAAAGCGAGGGGGUCAAAUCAUUCGUGGUGAUGGGAAGAUAGGAGAAUAACAUUAAACUAGAUUUAUUUGUUUUAUUAUUAAAGAUAUUUUGGGGGCUUUCAACACCUAACAGAGUACAAAAAAGUAACAUGUAAGUACUGAAUGGAUUCAACCUUUUAUGAAAUGGGUAUUUAUGCUUUAGACUCUUAAAGCAUCUUAAAAACAUAUUGGCGUUAAAUUUUACCUCACUAUAAACAAUCCUUACAUAUACUACUCAAAGUUUCAUAAGAAUAAUCAGAUUGUGUUUCAAGGAAAUGAAAACUAUUCUUAUCUAAAGUGGAAUAGUAUAGUUAAAUGUCUUUGAUCACAAUGGCAUCAUUGAUGAGGUUAUUUUUGCAAGAAUAUGUGAUGUAAAAGAAUUACCUUAUCAGUGUUUUGUUUGGGGACAGUACUGGGUAUGGUUUAUGUCCCUGUACAGUUGCUUGUAAAUAUUGUUAUUCCACUACGUGGAAUGUGUGUUUAUUUCAUCACCAAGCAUAUAUUGACAAUGUGAUAACUAUUUUUGCUAGAUGCGUCAUUAUCAGGGGUGAAUAAAUGUGUAUUUGUGGUA